AUAGUGACUUGUUCGCACAAGCUUUCCGCAAAGUAGGCUAAGCUUCUCUGUGGAAUGUUUUCCUCCCCCCCACCAAAAAGGCCAGCAUUUGGAAUGCAGCCUGAGACACAGCAACAGCUGCAGCUGUGAAGUGGUGGGAAAGAGAAUGCCGGAAGAAAGAGAUUAUUCCCAUAUUUCUGCUGGUUGAGAGACACGGAGUGGCGAGGGAUGGAGCGGCUAUGCUUCUUGGCAACAGAAGGCCUGCUCAGAGGGAUAACCACAGCUCUAGCAUGGAGUUAAGCAAAUUAAUCUGAGCAUCUGGACUUUCUCCCUGCUUGCGGAAGGGCGGCUCUGGACUAGACUUUGAAAACACACAAAACCAACGGCUUUCGGGAGCACGGAACUGGCUUCAACAGAAACAGUGUGUGUGUUUGGAUCACUGCUUCUGAGAAUAUCCGCAAAAUCUUUAAUGAUUUUGGUUCUGAAGAGUACCUGAAGGCAUUUGUCCACCCACUCGCGCUCUGAGAUCAGCCACGGGGGAAUCUGAUAUAGGGUCUACAUCAUUACAGGCACACGGGGAGGAGAGACGAUGGCUGGCGAGCUCACGGAGCUGGAGAUGGCCAUCGAGACGCUGGUGAAGAAUUACGACAAGUACGCCAGCAAAGGCUUCUGCUGGAGGAAGCACGGGAUUGGCAAGGGCAACUUCCAGAAGAUGCUCAGCCAGGAACUCCACCACAUGUUGACGAACACUGAGAGCAAGCAAGCAGUCGACAAAAUGAGGCAAAGCUGCGAUAAGAAUCAAGACGGGCAAAUCAGUUUUGAGGAGUACUGGACUUUGAUGGGCAGCAUUGCCAAGUCGCUCUUGUUCACGAUGGAAGAGCCAGAGGAGAACACCUCAAAGUAGCAAGCAAAGGGGAACAAAGAUCUCAGGUGCUACACUCCUUCCAGAUGUGCUGUUUUGCUCAGAACGGUCCAACCCAACAACUGUCAUCUUUUCAGCUCCCCCUGCUGGCUGGACUGUAUCCUACAUGUACCAUCUGCCUGUGUUUCCAAGGUUCUUCCUCAUCCUGGUGUACUCUGAGGAGGUUGGCAAUGGGACCUGGGUGUUUAACUGGACCAUCUACCCCUUUUCUGGACUACACAGAGGGACAUGGUAAUUGGGUGAUGUGCAGAUUUGGGUAGCACAGCAGCUCUGAAACUGCACUAGAAUAAAAUCUAGAAUUGGAGCAUAAGA